UCCAAUUCUUUUUUCUUUUCCUUUUUCCCUUCCAGCGGAUUCCACGUCCAGGAAGGCCUAGGGAAGAAGCGGCUCCGACGCCCAGGCUCCGCGCCCUGGGUCUGGCCCAGGCGCACAAGCAGCGCGCACCGCGGUGGCCUCCGCUGCGGUCGCGCCAGUCGGUCCCGCGGGCCGCCCUUCCGCUCUCCCCGGGGCGGGGCCGGCGCUGGGCGGCUCCUCCAGCCACGCUCUGACCGUUCCCCGGAGACUUUCUCCCCAGUCAUGGCGGCGGCGGCGGCUUGGAGACCGUGUCUCCCUCGGGCGUGGCUUUGCAGGAGGGCCGGGCAGGGCUGCGGCCGGCACUACCGCGCCGCGCUCUGCGCCGAGCUGAAGAAGCCCCUGGCCAUCGAGGAUGUGGCCUCUCGCCCUGUCCGGCCUCAGGAGGUCCGAGUUGAUGUCCAUUUCUGUGGAGUUAACUUUGCUGACAUUUUGGUCUGCCGUGGUCAGUAUCAGGAAAGGCCCCACCUUCCCUUCACUCCUGGAAUGGAGUUUUCUGGGACGGUAUUGGAGACAGGCACAGAUGUCACCCGAGUGAAAGAGGGAGAUCGAGUUAUUGGUGUGAAUGCCUUUAAUGGUAUGGCUGAAGAAUGCAUCACUGACCAGAAGACACUGUGGCAGGUUCCAGAAAAGGUCUCCUUACAAGAAGCUGCUGCCCUUCCUGUAUCAUAUGGCACUGCAAUUUUGGCUUUAGAGCAUCGUGCCUGUACCCAGCCUGGAGAAACUGUGUUAGUGACAGCAGCAGCAGGCGCCACAGGCCUAGCCGUGAUAGACGUGGCAACAAAUGUUCUUCAGGCCAAGGUAAUAGCUGUGGCCGGAAGUGACGAGAAGUGCAAGCUGGCGGUACAGAGGGGUGCCCAAUCCAGCGUGAACUACAGUCGGGGUAGCCUGACCGAGGCGGUGAAGAAGCUGGCAGGUGGUGGUGGGGUGAACGUGGCUAUCGACAUGGUGGGAGGAGACGUCUUCCUGGAGACUCUCCGCAGCCUGGCAUGGGAGGGCAGAGUCGUGGUGGUAGGUUUUGCCGGAGGAACCAUUGCAUCUGUGCCUGCUAACCAUUUGCUCCUUAAGAAUAUCUCUGCCAUGGGGUUGUACUGGGGUCGAUACCAAAACCAGAACUUUCCCGUCUUCUCCAAGAGCCUGUCCUCAGCUCUUCAGUACUGCCAGGAAGGGCGUAUCCAGCCAUACGUCGGAGCAGUUUUCAAACUGGAAGAGGUCAAUGAUGCCUUUCUUUAUGUGCAGCAGCGUAAAUCUGUGGGCAAGGUGCUUCUCUCUCUUAAAUAAAUCUCCACUUCAGUGACAAACGCAACACGUCCAGAUCCAAACUCUUGACCUUUUCCCACAGUCCUCCGGUGUUUCUGAAGGUGUUAACCACUUUCCUAACUAACCCAGGGUCAGAAUCUCAGGGUUUCCUUUCAUUCUCAGUUCUUACUGCUCAUACUUAAUGUCAUCUUAUGAUUUAUUGCCCAGAUUUGGACCUUUUAGAGAAUAAAGGGGUGCUGUUGGUAAGGAAGAUGUGAGCCAGGCAAACCAGGAUGUCUGGUCAUCCUGUUCACGAUGCAUGCCUGCCCAGUUCUCUCAUUCCUGCCUCUCAGAGAUCUCUCACUCCAUAUUCUCUUUUUCAUUCUGACUACUCCUGUCUCAUCUGC